UGAGCGGUGACGUCAGCAACGUGCAGCCUGUCGACGUCGCAGCCAUGGAGGAAGUAAGAGUGUUUCCCCUGACCUGUGCAGUUCAAAACUAUGCAUGGGGAAAGAUUGGGCUGGACAGUGAGGUGGCCAAACUGGUGGUUGGCGGAGACCCCGUGGCAGUCAUAGAGCGGGACAAACCCUAUGCAGAGCUGUGGAUGGGUGCCCACCCCAAAGGCGAUGCUCAGAUCAAGGACAACAGGAUCGCCCAGACCACCUUGGGCCAGUGGAUCACCCACUACCCCGCCUGCCUGGGCUCCAAGGUGAAAGACGCCUUCCAGGGUCAGCUGCCGUUCCUCUUCAAAGUCCUGUCGGUCAAUACGGCUUUGUCCAUACAGGCCCACCCCAACAAGGAGCUAGCUGCCACGCUACAUGCUCAGUUUCCAGAGCACUACCCAGACAACAACCACAAACCAGAAAUGGCAAUCGCUCUCACGCGCUUCCAGGGGCUUUGCGGCUUCAGACCAGUGGACGAGAUCCUGGGCUUCCUUCAAGCUGUCCCAGAGUUCCACGCUCUCGUCGGCCGGGAUGCAGCAGAAGAGCUGCGGAGCAGUGUAGGAGAUGAGGUUCGGACCGGACGGGCCCUGAAGAAGUGCUUCACAAAGAUGAUGAGCUGUGAGAAGAAGGUGUUUGUGGACGAGCUGAACGAGCUGGUUAAAAGAGUCACGCAGGAAGGUGCAGCAGGGAAGGACACAUCAAGCAGCAACGGUGACCUGUUGCUCCGCCUCCAUUCCCAAUACCCUGGAGACAUUGGCUGCUUCUCCAUAUACUUCCUGAACUAUGUGGUCCUGGAGCCAGGCCAGGCCAUGUUCCUGGGGGCCAAUGAGCCUCACGCGUACAUCUACGGAGAUUGCAUCGAGUGCAUGGCCUGCUCAGACAACACCGUCAGAGCCGGACUGACGCGUAAAUACAUCGACGUAAACACGCUGUGUGAGAUGUUGAACUACAAGCCGGCGUCUGCCUCCUCCAAAAUCUUCCCUUGUGUCCCGGACCCCGCAGACCCCUGUGUGACCCUGUAUGACCCCCCAGUGCCAGACUUCACUGUCAUGAAGAUACAGGUGCCAGCCUCGGUGAAGGACUACACCGUUGCCUCAGUUGACAGCGCCAGCAUCCUGCUGGUCAUUGAAGGCGACGCCAUGGCGACCUCUGCCGCUGCGUUCUCCGACGUCACCUUGACGCGGGGGAGCGUCCUGUUUGUCUCGGCCAACGAGAGCGUGUCUCUGCAGGUCACCUCGCAGUCAGGAAUGACCCUGUUCCGAGCCUGCAGCCUCCUGUAGCUCCUACCAAGAGCCUACUGCCGCCACUGUCUCUUGGGAAAUUAUUCAUUCUGAAUUGGGCCUCUGAUUUCUGGUGUUCACUACUUGGUAGGUGGUAUUAAAAGCUUAAAGAGGGUUUUCUCUGGUCCAGUUUUUCUAACUGAGUCUGUUGCUCCUUUUUUAACCGUAAGCACCCAGCAGACUGUUCUGAGGAUUCUGACGGUGUUUCUUACAAAUCCAGGAUCAUCCUGCAGGGUAAUAAUCAGCUUUAACUCUAGUAGUGUCGACGCAGCUUACCAAUAAAGAAACUGUGCACAACCCAAGUUCUGUAUCGGUGCUGGACAUUUAAUUUGAUGAAGCAGGCUCAAACAGAACACUUGUACCAUUUUUAAAGAUUUCUAAUAAUUUAGCCACUGGAAGGUUUUUAAACGUUUCCAAAACUUCAUUUAGUUCCUGUUUUUAAAAUCUUUUUUUUUUCUUGAAAUUAAAGGCAAUCAGGUUACAUCUGCUACUUGACGUGCUCAGAUAAAAAAACAACAACUCUCAUUUUAAAUAUGUUGCAUCAUUUCCUCCUACAAAGGUUUAGCAAAAAUAAAAUCCUGAAACAUUACAAAAUGUUUAUACCACCUACUGGUCCUUUGAGGUACUACAACCACUGAGCAGCUAGUUUUCUUCCCCUGGGAUCACUGAUGGGGAGUUUCCAGAAAGUCUUUCCUUUUUUUUUUUACCUGAUCUAUAAACGUUGUAAUGACAGUCUAGAUGACGUAACAAUGAUAACAACAAUGCGAUUUCUGUGCAUGCUGAAUCCAGAGCCGUUGCUCAUCUGACUGGCCGGUUUUCUGCCGUUAUCCAGGCUAACCCGCCAGUGAAAGUGAAGCCGAGCCUGCUGGGCGUGAUGCUUUUGACCACUAACGCUGCAUGCAUACGUUUUUUGGAAAUGUCCUAAUAUUUGAACAGUGAUUGACUAUAAAAAGAAUAGCUACAGGGUUGGACAAGACGUUGGCCCCAAGCUGUCUCCAUCCUACGAGGCAUGUGUGUUUUGAAUUUUAGCGUCUUGUUUGGUUUGACUAAAUAUGCAGUGUCUGUGCUCGUACAACGAAACGCUGCAUGCAUGCGGGGGUUGCCAAGUUUGCCCGUCUUUAAGUAACUCGAUACCAGACAAGGUUCCUUUAUGUUUUCCAUCUCAAAACUCCACACUUUGGGUUUUCAAGUCAUCCAAGUCUAAAUAAGUCCAGUUUUCUAUGAGUUUGGGACUUUUGUAAACCCAGAGUGUCCUACAUUUUAUCUAGAAGAGUCAUUUCUCAUUAUCCUUGAGAUGACAAUAUAGCUAUUUUGUUUUAGAACAACUUCAAACCAAUUUCAUAUUAAAGUAUUCAUCAUCUGACUAGAUUACAAUGAGCUUCUUUUUUUUUGUGGGUGUUUUGGUGCAUUUUGAAGAAAAAAAGGAAACGGCAAAACUCAAGAAAACUUACUAAAUUUAGCAAAAAGAUUUUUUUUUUUUUGUUCUUUUUUAAUGCUCGCCUGAUGUUUUCUUUUUUUUGGAACAAGAGUUUAAAAAGGGAGACGGACACACAUUUGUCUAAAUCUUUUUUUUUUUUUUUUUUUACCAGCCACGCACAACGUCAAUAUCUGACAAAAUUACGCUUGACGUGACCAGAUAGAUUUGUUUCAUACCAGUAGGUGGAAACAGGCCUAAUUCACAUUUCAUUUUUUGUCGAGAUUUAAAAUUUUUUGCAUCAGAAUUAGAUAGAAACAUGGCUGUAGUCUAAAUUACUUUAAGAAUACCCCUGACUUUAUUUGAAUUUCUCAUCAAUGAAACCUUGAGCAGUUACUCUUGUUCUAACAGCGUAAUUAACUCACUACUUCAAGAUUAAAAUAUAUUGUUCUUUUUGGGGUUUUUUUCGAUAAUCUCAGUAUUUUGAGCUGAUUAGGUGAGACUUUUCCCUUACGAUUAUAAUCCCCAGGUGUCAAUGGCAGCAACACCGAAGGACUUGAAGUUGAUAAAUCACAAUAAUUACCCAUUUAUGUGCAGUGUAAUCAAUAAGAUGAGAUUAUUCAAAGACAGCCUCAACUUCUAUGUGUUUUCAGGUCAGUCUGAAAACUGUUUCACUUUGGAGCAAGUUGUUGAGUUCAUGGGAAUCGUGUCAUGUGGGAAAAAAUUUGGAAAUUCAAAUUACUAGAAGGGAAAACCCAAAACGAGUAUUUCAACAUGAAUGCUGUCAUCCUGCCUACCGCCCAAUAAAAAUCCCUUCUCUGAAUAAAUAAAGCUGCUUCUACAUGCAGGUUUUUCGUCUCUACUUAGCUGCUCUCAUGUCUCAGCUCUCUGUUACUGAAAUAAGAGAAGGAUGGGAAUACCUCAUGUCAGAGUUUCUCCUAACAACGUUUUACUGUCUUAUGUUGUGUAAUUCUAACGACAUAACCGUUUCAUCAACAUUUCUUGUAUAUUUUUGAAGUUGCCUCUGUUACUGAUCUUGUCUGAAGACACCUCUCUGUUUUGAACACUGUAGAUCGAGGGCUGUGCAAUGUUUGUCGGAGCAGCUGUGUGGGGAAAAAUGUCUCGGAUUCUGGUUAGCGUUUAGAAGUUUUGUUGUAUGGGAAUGCAGAAAAUAUGAAUGUGAAGUAAUAAAGUCUUGAUAUGCUACUGAAAAC